AUGGAAAUGUCUGUGUUGAAAGUUCUUCUCGAGAGUAUCUCGUCGUUUCUAAAUUUGUCAUCUUCUAGACAUAUCGAUUUAGACCCGUUUGAGAAGUAUUAUAAGAGAGUUGAAGAAUUGCUGAGAGUGUUGAAGCCAAUAGCAGAUGCUGUUGUUACCUCCGAUCUCGUUUUGGAUGAGAAACUUUGUAAAGCAUUUGAAGAAUUGACUCAGGAUGUUGAUCAGUCCAUUGACCUUUUCAGAAGUUGGCAAGCAUUCUCCAGUAAAGUUUACUUUGUCCUUCAAAUUGAAUCUUUGAUACCAAAGAUGCGAGACACUAUUGUGGAUACUUUCGAGUUUCUGAAGUCUUCUCAGAACGACCUACCUGAUGAGCUGAGCCCAGCUUCCCUUGAGAUCUGUCUAGAGAAGGUUAGGCAUCUUAGCUAUGAAGAAAUAUCUUCUGUCAUUGAUGGUGCACUGAGGGAUCAGAGAGAUGGUGUUGGACCCAGCCCAGAGAUAUUGGUGGAAAUUGGAGAGAACACAGGGCUGAGAUCAAACCAGGAGAUUCUGAUUGAAGCUGUUGCUCUGGAGAGGCAGAAAGAGAUUGCUGAGCAGUCUGAGAACAAUGCAGAAGUCGAGUUCCUUGACCAACUGAUUGUUAUCGUAAACCUCAUGCACGAACGCCUUCUUCUGAUCAAACAGACUCAGACGUCCAGUGUCUCCAUUCUUGCCGACUUCUUUUGCCCUCUGUCGCUUGAAGUAAUGACUGAUCCAGUGAUUGUGUCAUCAGGACAAACAUAUGAGAAGGCGUUCAUCAAGAGAUGGAUUGAUUUAGGGUUGAAAGUUUGUCCCAAGACUCGACAGUCUCUCACUCACACGACUCUAAUACCCAAUUACACCGUGAAGGCCUUAAUCGCCAACUGGUGUGAGUCGAACGAUGUCAAGCUCCCUGAUCCCAAUAAAUCAACGAGUUUAAACGAGCUAUCUCCUCUCUUGUCAUGUACAGACUCCAUUCCAAGCACAGCUGCUGGUGUUUCUACUCAUAGAGUUAGCAACAAGUCAAAUGAUUGGGAUGCUUCUCCCUCAUUGUCAAGCCGAGGAAUUGAAAGAGAAGGUGCUUCUCCUUCACGUUCUUCACCAGGUAUAUCUGGAAAUGGGUACGGUUUGGAUGCCAGAAGGAUAUCACUGGAUGACCAUGAAGACAGAUCGAACGAUUCUCGAGAAGCCAAGGCAGAUGCACCGAGUAGGUCAUCUGUAUCUUCAACUACACGAGGCUCGGUGGAGAAUGGACAAACAUCUGAGAGCCACCAUCAUAGGUCUCCUUCUGGUGCUAGCUCUGUUUCCAACGAGGAGUUUCCAAGAGCAGAUGCGAACGAGAAUUCAGAAGAAUCAGCUCAUGUUACACCUUACAGCAGUGAUGCUUCAGGGGAAAUUAGACCCGGGCCUCUCGCUGCAACCACUUCAGCAGGUACCCGGCGAGAUUUGCCAGACUUCUCCCCAAACUUUAUGGACAGACGUAAUAACAACCGUGGUCAGUUUUGGCGACGUCCAUCAGAGAGGCUUGGUUCAAGGAUUGUCUCAGCGCCUUCGAAUGAGACAAGGCGUGAUCUUUCAGAGGUGGAAAACCAAGUCAAGAAGCUGGUGGAGGAGUUGAAAAGCAGCUCACUGGAUGUUCAGAGACAAGCAGUCACAGAGCUAAGGCUCCUAGCAAAGCAUAACAUGGAUAAUCGGAUAGUGAUAGGGAACUCUGGAGCUAUCGUCUUGUUAGUGGAAUUGCUUUACUCAAACGACUCAGCUAUUCAAGAACACGCUGUCACCGCUCUUCUCAACUUGUCUAUUAACGACAACAACAAGAGUUUGAUCGCUGAUGCUGGUGCCAUCGAGCCGCUCAUUCACGUGCUUCAAAACGGUAGCUCUGAGGCAAAGGAGAAUGCAGCUGCUACACUCUUCAGCCUCUCUGUGAUAGAAGAAAACAAGAUCAAGAUCGGUCAGUCUGGUGCGAUAGGACCUCUUGUGGAUCUGCUUGGUAACGGUACACCUCGGGGUAAGAAAGACGCUGCGACUGCGUUGUUUAACCUAUCGAUACAUCAAGAAAACAAGGCGACGAUCGUGCAGUCCGGAGCUGUGAGGUAUCUUAUUGAUCUGAUGGAUCCAGCAGCUGGGAUGGUGGAUAAAGCGGUUGCUGUUUUGGCAAAUCUUGCUACGAUCCCGGAAGGGAGAAACGCGAUUGGUCAAGAAGGCGGGAUCGCUCUUCUUGUUGAGGUCGUUGAGUUGGGUUCGGCUAGAGGGAAAGAAAACGCUGCUGCAGCUCUUCUUCAGCUUUCGACUAACAGUGGUCGGUUCUGCAACAUGGUUCUUCAAGAAGGAGCUGUUCCUCCUCUAGUCGCUCUCUCGCAGUCUGGUACUCCUAGAGCUAGAGAAAAGGCACAGGCAUUGCUAAGUUACUUCAGGAACCAAAGGCAUGGAAAUGCUGGACGUGGCUGA